AUGCAGUACAUUAUGGAAGGAAUUAUGGAGGAAAACAACUUGGCAGAGGUUCUAGAUGCUGAAGUGGUUUAUGAAGAAGAAGAAGUUUCUGAAGAUCAUGAGAUUGGCUUGGAGGAGCUAGAACAAGCACCUCAUUGGAUAGAUGAUGAAGCCAUCCAUGUUAGGGAGGAGUUAGAAGAAGUGAAUCUUGGAACCUCUGAGGAACCUCAGUUAACUUUUGUUAGUAAAAACCUAGAGGUUGGUUUAAAAACAAAAUUAACUGUACUCUUGCAGGAAUACAAAGAUUGCUUUGCAUGGCAAUAUUCUGAUAUGCCGGGGUUAAGCAGGACAUUGGUAGAACAUCGGCUUCCUAUUAAGCCCGAGUUUCAGCCAUACCGCCAACCUCCAAGAAGAGUGUCAAAAGAAGUUGAAUUAAAGGUAAAAGAGGAAAUUGAAAAAUUGUGUAAAGCAGGCUUUAUUAGGCCUGCUAAAUAUAGUAAUUGGUUAGCAAAUGUUGUUCCAGUGGUUAAAAAGAAUGGAAAACUUAGAAUAUGCAUAGACUUUAGGGACUUAAAUGAAGCAACUCCUAAAGAUAUUUAUGCCAUGCCAAUUGCUGACACUCUUAUUGAUGCUACAGCUAAUCAUUCUCUUUUGUCUUUUAUGGAUUGUUUUGCUGGAUAUAACCAGAUUAUGGUGGCUAAAGAAGACAUCUCCAAAACGGCAUUUAGAUGUCCAGGAUCUAUUGGGACAUUUGAAUGGGUGGUCAUGCCGUUUGGUUUACGUAAUGCUGGUGCAACAUAUCAGAGGGCUAUGAAUGCCAUCUUCCACGACCUCUUAGGUAAAACUAUGGAGGUUUAUAUUGAUGAUGUUGUUGUAAAAUCAAAACUAAUGAAAGAUCAUUUGAAAAAUCUAGAGGAAGCAUUUAGGAGGAUGAGAGUUCACUGUUUAAAACUCAAUCCUCUGAAAUGCGCCUUUGGUGUAAAAGCUGGAAAUUUUUUGGGGUUUUUGGUCCAUGAAAGAGGCAUUGAAGUGGACCAAAACAAAACCAGAGCUAUUCGAGAAGCUAAACCGCCUAGAAAUAAAACAGAACUUCAGAGGUUUCUUGGGCAGGUUAAUUACUUAAGGAGAUUUAUAUCUAAUCUUGCAGGAAAAACAAAAGUGUUCUCAGAACUGUUGAAAUUAAAAAAGGAGGAUGUCUUCAGAUGGGAAACCAUCCAUCAAGAGGCUUUUGAUGAAAUUAAAGAUUAUCUAAUGAAGCCUCCUGUAUUGAUGCCUCCCAAAAAGGGUAUACCUCUGAGGUUGUACAUUUCAGCAGCCGAAGGUUCAAUUGGGUGUCUGCUAGCCCAGAGCAACCAAGAUGGACAUGAACAGGCUAUUUAUUAUUUGAGCCGUUCGAUGACAUCUACAGAGUUAAUAGAGAGUUUUGAAGAGGUUGAAUUAGUACAUGUUCCUAGAGAGGAAAAUUGGGAGGCCGAUGAAUUAUCACAGCUAGCAUCUGGCCUACGUCUGUCGGAGGAGUUAACUCACCGACUAGUAAUGGAUUGGAGGAGAGACAUUAAAAAGUACCUGGAGAAUCCUAGCAAGAAGAUGAUGUAUAAAGUAAGAGUGAGAGCUGUUAACUACGUGCUCAUAGAAGAUGUUUUAUACAGAAGAGGAUUCGACAACCUAUUGCUAAGAUGCCUUGGAACUACAGAGGCACUAGAGGUCAUGAAACAAACUCAUGAAGGAGUUUGUGGAGCACAUCAAUCUGGAGUGAAAAUGAGAUGGCUGAUCCGAAGACAUGGUUACUUCUGGCCAUCUAUCCUAAAAGAUUGCAUGACUUUUGCAAAGGGUUGUCAAUCGUGCCAAAGGUAUGAAAACAUACAAAGACUUCCAGCUGCUGAGUUGAAGUCUGUCAUCAAGCCAUGGCCAUUUAGAGGUUGGGCCAUAGAUUUGAUAGGUAAAAUAUAUCCUCCAUCCUUUAAAAAUCACAGUUUCAUAAUUGUAGCUACUGAUUAUUUUACCAAAUGGGUAGUCGCUAAGCCAUUGGUAAAAACAGAGCAAAAAGAUGUUAUUAAAUUUAUUAAGGAGGAAAUUAUUCAUCAAUUUGGAAUUCCACAAUCAGUAACUACUGACCAGGGCACAAUGUUCACUGGUAAGGAGAUGCAAGAAUUUGCCACUGAUUAUGGAAUAAAAUUAUUGACCUCUACACCUUAUUAUGCUCAGGCUAAUGGCCAAGCUGAAUCUUCUAAUAAAAUUAUCAUCAACAUAGUUCAAAAAAUGUUGGAACAAAAUCCAAAGGAUUGA